AGAGCCGUAGUGAAGGCAUCUACGUGAACCGCUUUCGUGCCAACGAAAAACUGACAGGGCGAGUUGUCUCGAGCUAUCUUCGCGCACCUCGACAGCUUCACCAUCCCACCACACCUACACCAGCCACCAUGAAUUUGGUAGGUACCUCCACUUAUCCCUUCUACACCCUACACCCUCUCCUCUUCUGCCCGUUACUCUCUGCACAUACACGUACACCUUCCCGGAUCACAGCUUCGCUCCGGAACACCGCACUCGGACGGGAGGGUCUACCUCGAAGAUCUCUGGCCAACACCUGGCUACGACUUCCAACGCGACGGCACUGUGUACACCGUGAGCCCUCUGUUCAGCAAGAUCAGGCUUGGCCGUUCAGAGUUAAUACAGACAAGCUACUCGAGAGUCACGCCACCGGACGAGAAUCGAGUGUCUGCAAAGAUCUCAACACGUCUGUACCGCCAUUCCUCUCUUCUCCGCGUCGUGAUGGGGCCUCGACCAAAUCGCGAGGAUCUGUUUUUCACAGACCUGACUCUCAUUCGCCUCGAGCACUGGCCCAGUACUACUCGAGGCUUCGAGGCCAAGUUCGAAGGACUGCAACUGCCAUGCUACUAGAAUUCUGCAUGUCACUGUUCAUCAUCAAGAGCGUUUCGUGGCCGAAUCAUGGCACAAUUUUUCAUGACAGUCUGUCGUCGAACAAACGAGGCAGUCGCAUAAAGAAGAUUCAGUCCGAGUCAGACAGUUCAUCUGUCAAUUGACACCGACACCCAGACAGUCCGACCUAGGGUAUUGGGCACAUGGCCGCCAGAAAACAAAUUCCCAACCAGCUUUGAGCCAUAACC